GCGCGGCGGCGCUGUAGCGUGCUUCCCGCCGUCCCCCGAUACGGCUGUCAGUCGAAUAAAUACAAUGCAGUUGUGCAAUAGUUCUUGUUGAUUUCUAUUAUUUUUACUAGUUUUCACGCAUUAUAUCAUCGUUUUCUUCUUUUUGAACAAUUUGUGUAAUGAGAAGUGAUCAGUAACAGUUUGCCAGUGUUUAUUUUCUAAAGUGUACAAAAUUUAUUUCACCAAUGGAAUAGAAGAAAAUGAUACCACCUUCCAUCGGCACAGCACAGGAGAACCAGUCCAAAAUGACCUAUCAACAACGACGAGAUCUUAGAGAACUUACUAGAGAAAUCAUCAGAGAAGCCCGCGUUUCGAAUAGUCAGAAGUCAAUGUCGCCUGGAGCUCGAGACAGGUUUGCCUCCACAUCUUCCACAGAUGAGAAUGAGUCUGGCACUGAUGGAGAAUCAGAGAGAAAACCAAUCACCAUUUCAUAUGGAGGGUUACCCAUGACAUCGCAACAGGGUAACAUAAUAAUUCGCAAAAGGCGCGGUAAUUUACCAAAGGCGUCGGUGAAGAUAUUGAAACGAUGGCUGUACGAACAUCGGUAUAAUGCAUAUCCAAGUGAUGCUGAAAAACUAGCUCUUAGUCAGGAGGCCAACCUAACGGUUCUACAAGUAUGCAACUGGUUUAUAAACGCCCGUCGACGUAUUCUGCCCGAGAUGAUCCGUCGCGAGGGUCAAGAUCCGCUUCAUUACACCAUCUCAAGACGAGGUCGGAAACAACUCAAUUCAAGCGAUGCAGAUGCUGAGGUUGAUGCCAGCGCUAGCAACCUUGUGGUCACUGCCUGGGACGGCUCAGAGAUUGAGGGCGAUGGCGAAGGCGAGGGCGGCCGGGACCACGACUACGGCGAUGGUCUGCUCGUGUACCGAAGCGAUGGCGAGGGAACUGACCGCUCCCACGACGAAUAUUCCGAGGACAAAUACGAUCCAGCCGUUUGGCACUCCGUCAUCCGCUACGGUGCUGAUGACGCACAUCCGGCCGCGCGCGGAUCGGCAGCGGUAGUGACGGUCCGCACUAUGGACGGUGAAACCGUCGAAGGCGAAGUUCAGAUGGAGACGGAUGAGGCGAGCGGAGCAGACACGAGUACAGCCAGCUGGCCCCAGAUUGCCAUUCCGCCGAUGCCUAAAACCACACGCCGUCGUCUUCAGGUUGUGGGAACGAGCGUGCCAGAGACACGUGUAGAGAAAGACAAGUUCAAGUGUCUGUAUCUGCUGGUGGAGACUGCGGUUGCUGUACGCCAACGAGAGAAGGAACAAGAUGAACUCCCCGUCUAGGGUAGCAGGUUCGAUUUCUGACCAAACAACUUUCGCUUAUUUAAUCAAAUUUACGUUCUACAAAAAAUUCAGUUUAUACAUUUAAAUUGUGAAGAAAAUUAUUAUGUUUUUAGAGACAGUUAAGAGAAAGUUGUUCCAUUUAAUCGAAGUAUACCAAUUUUUUAUCAUCAUUAUACUUCCUGAAAUAACCUAAGGAGGAAACCUAUUCAACAUGUAAUAGUUUUUUUUUAUCAGUUACAAAGUAACUACAAUAUUUUAACUCAGAUUUUUUUGAGUUCUAAAAAAGCUAUGAAGAUGAAUAUAACUUUGCAUGGCACACAUUACUUCCGGAGAUUUUUCUCAACAAUAUAUCAAUGAACCAGAAUUUACUCUACAAAUAAACUCAAGUAAGAUUGAGAUUUAGUAACAGUAAAUAUUGGAAAAAGAUAUAAUAUAUUCAAAAUGGUUAUUUGAAAAACUUAAAAUGUAUAGAAAUUAGUUUUAUAGUGAUUAUUUUCUUUGUAUGGAGUAGAUGUUUAGUGGAAUGGACUUAUAUUAAUCUGUGAAAGUAAAAAUGUAAUCUUAUAUACAGUACUCUAUUUUAUCAUAAAGUCUUUAAAAAAUAUAUGGCAAAAUUGUAAAAUUACAUUCAGGUUUAGUACUAAAAAGUGAAACCAAUUUGGUGGCGGAUAUUAUGUCGAGACGGUUUCUGGGGGAGUUUGAAAUUCAAGGAUAUUAAUUAUGAUUUUGUGACUAAAUAAUACUGUAAGUGGGCGAGGCCUAAAUUAUUUCUAUAAACCCAAGUAAAAAGAUGAGUCAAAAAAUAACAUCCUUGGUAUGAAAAUACUUUUUCAGCACUAACAUCAAGGAUUCAUAUCAGUGUACGUAAACUCGUUACUGCCUAAGUGCUGUAUCAAUGUAUUUUGAAUUAAUUGAAUACAUAUGUAUUAAAAAAAUAUCGGUUGAUUCCUUAUGUGGUUCAAUUUCCAGUCAAAUUAAUUUAGAAUUACACUUGGAAUUGUUGAUUGCAGUUCUGUAAUCUAUUUGAAACUUCUUGCAAAGUUCAAGGAAGCGCACCUUAUAGGUUGGUAAUGUAAGGUAUAAGGAGAAUACAAUAGAAUAAUUUACACAAUGAUAACCCUUGUAACAGUCGACCUGUCAUGAAAAUAGUUAAGUUAAUACUAAGGUUCUCCUACACACAAGUUAUCGAGAGUGAUUAUGAUUGAUUAUACUCUGGAAUACGCUCUUGACUGAAGUAAAACUCAGUUAAACCAAAUCCAAUUUCUCAUGUAAAAAUGGCAAUUACUUCAUCAGAGGCAACAUCUUCAAUUUUUGCUUUGAUUUAUUCGAGAUACACAAACCUGAAUAUUCGAUUAUAAACGUAAGUUGGAUAUUAUUUUUUUCUUUCAGUUUUCUACUAUAUCCAAUCAAAAUAACAUUGUGUGUAGGAUAGUAUAAAUAAAAAUAACGUAUCUUUAUUACAAGUUAAACGUGUAAUUUUAGUUUUUGACCUGAGAAUGUAAGGCAUUUUAGUUUUCACCGAAAUACAGUUAGAAUAUUUUUAUAUUUAGACCUGUAUAUACUUGUGUAAGGCUCUAAUUUGUUAGUGAUUUAAUAAAAUAUGAUUUCGCA